GCUCUUAGAGAAGCUCUUCAUCUUUCUAAAGAGCAGCCUUCUCUUGAACAAAUUGAGAAGGAUAUUAAAGAUUUGAAAAAGAAAAUUUUUGAUUUGAAAAAUGAUAUUAAAUCGUUGGAUAAAAAUAUAGGAUAG